AUGGAUGUCACAUCUCUCCUAAAUGGAGAGUCUAUUGUUGCAGAAGAGAAGAGAAUAGAGCGGCCGAAGAUCCACGGUCGAAGUCGAACGCCCUGGGACGCUGGAGGAUAUGCGUUACCAAUAACUACACGGCAACCUACAUCGCCACCUCCACAACAGCAACCGCCACAAUCAUUUCACUUCGAUGAUGAGCAGCUAGUCUCGCCCACCUCGCCGAAGCACAGAUUUUCAGACAGCCGAAGCAGCUUUUCCUCUUUAGUAUCCUCAAUACCUUCAACAACACACUCAAGAUUCUCAUCCUUCUCAACUGUCAGCAGCCCCCACCCAUUAAACGCUGUGGCAGCGGAAUACUUUUCUCCCAAAUCAUCAGCCAUAGAGCUACCGUGCUCUUCGCUUCUCCCAGAAGGAUUAAACCACGAGCUGCACACACCAGCCACACCAUCAGCAAACCACUUCGAUGUGCUUGGUCCUAUCGCGGAAAACGGGUUAUCACCACCACUCGAAGCUCAAGUGCAAGAAGAGCAUGAUGAGAAGAAUACGGGCCGACCAGGAUCCCCGAGCGAUGCCAUCCUUAUCAAGCGCACGAUGGUCCCCACCCUAAGGCUAGAUACUAGCAACCACCAUAUCAUCAGAUCAGCGCAGCAUCCCCCAAAUGUUAAGGAUGUCUGCGAGGAUGUCAAGAAUUCCAAGACGAGUUCCGCACCUGUGAUUUUAGAAGUUUCCGCGGCCGAUCCAGGUUAUCCAACCCCAGCGAUGCGUGCUCUACGCGAGCGAAUUGUACAUCUUAGUUAA